AUCGUCAACGUCAUCUCCAGUGCUAGCAACACCACGAAUACGAUCAGGCGCAUCAGCAACGUCGACGAGAUCACUUGUCCCGAGAUGAUGUCUCUUCAGUUGAGCAUGGGAUUUCGGCUGAGGCUCCGGGACACAGGCCUUCUUCUCCUCUUCCUCAUGCUCGCCGGCCUGUUCACAUGUUGCCUCGGCUUGUCGAACUUUCAACCCGGCGUCUUCCGGAUGGGUCAGAAGCGUUCGGCCUUCCGAGCCUCCGAAGCUGGCCUCGAGCCCGAGUGCCAAGUCGAGUUGGUCGAGAGCAUUCCAGAAAACUUGACCUUUUCUCCAGGAGCCGUACGACAUUCGUCGACCUUUGAAGCUUGGCGUACGCUUCUUGAAAACGCCGAGAAGUCGAUCUAUCUGUCGGCAUUCUACUGGACUCUGCUGAGCAAAGACACCUUGACAACGACUAAUUCUUCCGCUCAGGUGGGCAACAAAGAGUGGGAAGGUAGGGGAGAAAAUAGUCAGGAAAGGAAGGGCGCUGGCAAACUAGGUUGA